AUAGCACUCUAAUCGUGCAAUUGACUCCUCUCAAAGAUGCUGAUUGAACUAGUCGUGUUUUUUAUAACUGCACUGCUAACUUAUGCAUAUUAUGGGCACAAAAAGUUGAAGGACUAUUUCGACGACCGGGGCAUCAAAUAUGUCCCGGGAUUACCGAUUUUCGGCAACACCUUCAAUAGCAUGUGGAAGAAGAAGCACAUGAGUGAAGAUAUAGAUGCUGUGUACAAAGCGUUCCCGGGUGAAAGAUAUGUCGGGUACAUGGAAGGAACAAAACCGAUUAUAAUCCUCCGAGACCCAGAGAUCAUCAAAGCGGUGACGGUUAAAGAUUUCGACCAUUUUGUCGACCACAAGGAGAUUGUGCCGGUCGAAGUUGAACCUUUGUUUGGGGAUAGCAUGUUUAGUAUGAGAGGAGAGAGAUGGCGAGACAUGCGAACCACAUUGAGUCCAGCUUUCACCGGCUCCAAGAUGCGACUAAUGAUGCCUUUCAUGACAGAAAUAAGUUCUAAUAUUGUGGAGUACGUCAAAGGUCAAAUCAAUGAAGAUAUAAAUGUUGACGAUCUAAUAAGGAGAUACACGAACGACGUCAUCGCGUCAGCCGCGUUCGGCCUGCAAGUGAACUCACUCAAGGAUAAGAACAACAAAUUCUACACUUUGGGCCAGCAGAUGUUCAAUUUUACUUUCUUCAGUCGUAUCUUAUUCAUCUUCACCAUAACUUUUCCACAUUAUGCGAAGAAACUAAAGCUUUCGAUAUUCCCUCGUGAAACAACAACGUUUUUCAAGAACAUUGUAUUCAAAACUAUGGAGCACAGAGAAAAAAAUAAUAUAGAACGACCCGAUAUGAUACAAUUGUUGAUGGAGGCUUCCAAAGGUAAACUUAAAAUGGAAGACGAACCAAAUAAAGAUGUAGCUGAAGUACCAGAGUAUGACUUCAAACCUAAGGCAAGUACAAGAGUGUGGUCCCAGAACGAAUUAGUCAGUCAAGUAUUUCUUUUCUUCAUUGCUGCCUUUGAAAGCUCAGCAUCCACUCUAUCUUUACUAUUACACGAAUUAGCGUUGAACAAUGAAAUCCAAGAUAAAUUAUACCAGGAGAUCAGAGAUUUUCAAGAUAAAAAUGGAUGUUUGGUCUACGAGAAAAUUAGCGAGCUCAAAUAUUUGGACUGCGUGUUGAAUGAGUCUUUAAGAAAGUGGGCGGUUGCAAUAAUAUUGGAUCGUGUUUGUACAAAACCGUAUGAAUUGCCGCCACCAAGGGAGGGGGGGAGGCCUUGUACGAUAAAGCCGGGAGACAUCUUAUAUAGCCCAGUGAACUCUCUGCACAUGGACCCCAAUUUCUUUCCCAAUCCAGAAGUAUUCGAUCCAGAGAGGUUCUCGGAGGAGAAUAAGCGUAAUAUUAAACCUUUCACUUACCUGCCUUUCGGAAUUGGACCGAGAGUCUGCAUUGGGCUUCGAUUUGCCAUGAUGGAAUUGAAGGUGCUUUUAUAUCACUUGGUACUGAACUUCCAAAUAAACAAAUGCCCAAAGACAUCAGAUCCCAUAGAACUUGCUCCAGAGGAUGUUAAAAUUAUGGCCAAGGGCCAGAGCUGGGUGAAGUUUGAGCUACGAAAAUAGAUGUGUCUUGAUUCAUAUAAAAUAUUAUUAAUGUUGUAUUUUACCAUUU